ACCUCGCCGUCACACGCCAUAUAUAAAGAAGAAAGACAGGCGCACAGAGAGUGGAGGAGAGCGCGGUGACAAUGGAAACAAAGUGUUCAGUAGAUGCAAAGUGCGCAGCUGAAAUAUCUGCCAUGCUCACCCCUCCUUCUCCUCUUCAACUCCAGGAGUAUUUCGAGGAGAUUAUAUCUGAAAGGAAAUGCCAUGGAAUUGAAGUCAAACAAGAUGGAAACUUGAGCAAAGGGGUUUAUGCAACUACGGAACUUAAAGAAGGAGAACUUAUACUGAAGGACAAGAUACUUGUCGGUUUACAGCAUGUCCCAAAUAAGCUUGACUGUCUGGUGUGUGGCUAUUGUUUCCAAUUUAUCGAGUCAGUUGAAUAUCAGAUUGGGAGGAAACUUUAUUUGCAAAGUCUAGGCGUGCCCAGCUGCAAUGGAUGCGAUGAGGGGGAAUGUAGUUCCAGCAGCUCCAACAAUAAAGCUUGUUUGCCUGAAGGAGUUAUAGAAGCAUUAAUGAAUGGUGAAUUGGUAUUGCCUUACUCUGACAAAUUUCCCUUGCCUUCAACUGUUCCUUGUCCUGGGGGAUGUCAAGAAGCUUAUUAUUGCAGCAAAUCUUGUGCACAGACUGAUUGGGAAUCUUCACAUUCUUUACUUUGCACCGGGGAGAGGUCAGAAUCAGUAUCUAUCAAGGCACUUUCAAAAUUUAUACAGCAUGCUACUGAAACAAAUGAUAUUUUCCUCCUAGCAGCCAAGACAAUUGCUUUCACCAUUUUAAGGUAUAGGAAGCUGAAAGCAGCUAAUGCAGACCGUUCUGAACUUUCCUUACUUUUGGAGGCAUGGAAGCCAAUAUCAAUGGGAUACAAGAGAAGGUGGUGGGAGUGCAUUUCAUUUCCAGAUGAUGUUGAUCGCUCUGAUGACACUGCAUUUAGGAUGCAAAUACAGCAGCUUGCAUUCAAGUCACUGCAGCUUCUCAAGGCUGCCAUAUUUGAUGAGGAAUGUGAGCCAUUAUUCUCCCUUGAAAUCUAUGGGAAUAUUAUUGGCAUGUUUGAGCUGAAUAAUCUUGAUCUGGUCGUAGCAUCUCCAGUUGAGGAUUAUUUUCUGUACAUUGAUGAUCUUCCAGAUCCCGAAAAGGAAAAGGCUGAAAAAAUUGCACGGCAACUUCUAGAUGCUCUUGGAGAUGACUAUUCAAUUUGUUGCCAAGGUACUGCAUUCUAUCCUUUACAGAGUUGCAUGAAUCACUCCUGCUGCCCAAAUGCACAUGCCUUCAAAAGAGAUGAGGACAGAGAUGGCCAGGCAGCAAUCAUCACCCUGAAACCAAUUCGAAAGGGAGAAGAGGUUACCAUUUCAUACAUAGACGAGGACCUUCCAUUUGAAGACAGACAGGCAUUGCUAGCAGAUUAUGGAUUUAAAUGCAGGUGCAACGCUUGCUUAGAGCAAGACCCCAACAAAAAGUAGAAGACACAACAAAAUUAAGAAUGCUUUAUAGUCAGCUGGGCAGGAAAUUAAAAAAAAAAAAAAAUUCCCUCAGCAAAUUCUUACUGUUUUCUUCUCUUACAAAAUUUGUGGUGAGGGUGCAUCCUCAACAUCAUGGAUUUGAUCAACCAGGUCAUGUUUGACCGGGUUAAAAUUUUCAGAAUUUUUCUUGAAAAAAAACAUGGUUUGGGCAAGGUUUCAAGACAUUGGAAUGAUUUGUAGAGUGAGCCGGGUUUAAUAAUACGCAUGAAAAUCAUUUUCAUAACCGA